AUGUAUGACAAAUUGUUUGACGAUCCGUCUCUGCCGGUUGGCAAGCCCACCAAAUCGUAUUGGCAGAAUCCACCGCACCACGGACUACUGGGCAUCAAGUCAAAAGACUUACCCAAAGUUCGAGAUGUCGUCAUUAUCGGAUCUGGAAUCACGGGCUGUAGCGUUGCACGUCAUUUACUGACAGGCGGCUACAAAGGCUUCCUGACGGUUCUCGAAGCUCGGGAGGUAUGUUCCGGGGCGACAGGGCGCAAUGGUGGUCGCAUCAAUGCUGUCGCCGUCCUCGACUACGAUAAGUACAGUCGACUCUUCGGGUCGAAGGCCGCUGCGGAAAUCAUUCGAUUUGAGCUGUCUCACUUGGGUGAACUCUUAGAUGCCGCAAAGUCCCUUGGCAACGAAGCCUACAAGAAAAGCGAGAUCAGAGAGGUCGAGACUGUUGCCGCCGUAUUCAGCGACGACAAAUUGCAAGAUCUCAAGGAGCAGUUGGCCAAGUUCGAAGCCGCCUUGCCGGACUUGGCAGGGUGCUGGAAGGUUGUGGAGUCAGAAGUCUGUGAGGUUUACGGCAUGCGAAAUGCCUGUGGAGCUUUGAUUGGCAAAGCUGGUGCAGUUUGGGGCUACCGUUUGAUUACGGAAAUAUUUACCAGCCUCUCAAACAAGUAUCAGGACCGAUUGACCAUCGAAACGCAAACCCCAGCCUUGGCAAUAUCUCCCAGCGGCACAGGCAACGAGCCAUAUUCGAUCAAAACACCCAGGGGUAUUAUACGAGCGAAACACGUCAUACACUGUACCGAAGGUCAUAUAUCACAUCUCCUGCCUAACUUACGAGGCAUACUCGUGCCUAGACGGGGGCAAAUCACGGUUCUGAACCCUGGCGUGAAUUUCGAAGAUUCCAAAGGUUCUCGUUCCUGGAGUUUCUAUCACAAAAUCGGCUUCGACUACCUUAGUCAAAAUGAGCAUACUGGUGAACUAUUCGUUGGGGGCGGCGAGGUCGGUGGCUUUGAGGGUGCGCUCGACGUCCACGGUAUUGCAUCAGAUGCGGCCGAGAAUAUGACUGCGAAGAGCCAUCUUGCUGGAGUCAUGCCUGUCGUAUUCGGCAAUGAGAGAUGGGGGCCAGAGCAGCCUCAGAAGCCUACUCUCAAAGCAUCGUGGACAGGCGUGAUGUGCAAUUCUUUAGACAAGGUGCCUAUGGUCGGUCUUCUACCUCAGGAAGCGCUCGGUAUUCGUUCAGCCGGAGACGAAGAGAAAGGAGCAGAGUGGCUAUCAGCUGGGUAUGGAGGCUACGGAAUGGUCAAUGCUUGGAUGUGUGGCAAGGCCGUGGCUGAACAACUUAUACACCAAAAGCGUCCUUCGUGGCUCCCGAAGGAGUAUGUAUUGACUUCGGAGAGGAUGGUGCAUCUUCGCAAACGAUUGUUUGACAUCAAGGGCUCGGCUGAGCAUCUACGCGCUCUUUUGUAG